AUGGACGGCAAAACCUCCCCGAGCACUGCCUCGCCCAGCAGUGUCCCUCCCAGCCUGCUCCAUGUCUCCACGGCCAGCAGCAUCUUCGGUGCCCGAGCUCCGCCGCCGAGAGAGAACGUCCUGGGCAUCAGCUUCAAACCCUACAGCCCCGAGUCCGGCCCGGCCCCGAGCCCCUGCUCGGCCUGUGACAGCACACGCUCCUCCAUGUUCAGAGCUCCGUGCAUGAGCCAGCGGCGCCUCGCGCUCAUCUUCUGCGUCUCCGUGCUCAUCGUGCUGCUCGUGGCCCUCAUCCUGCUGUUCAUGUUCUGGAGGUCGCAGACGGGCAUCCUGUACAAGGAGCCAGCAGAGAGCUGCAAGGACAGCGCCGUGCGCUGCGACGGCGUCGUCGACUGCUCCCAGAGGAGCGACGAGCUGGGCUGUGUGCGUUUCUCAUCCGAGGAGUCCUUGCUCCACGUCUACUCCAGCACCGAGAGCCAGUGGCUGCCGGUGUGCAGCAGCGACUGGGACGAGUCCCUCUCCAGGAAAACCUGCCGGCAGCUGGGGUUUCAGAACGCGUCCCAGACCGAGUUCAUCCCCCUGCGAGUCUCUGGCAAGAGCCUCACGGUGACUGACGAGCGAGAGACCAUCCAGCAGAGCCUCAACAGCUCCCAGUGUCUCACGGGGAAGUACGUCUCCCUGCGAUGCACAACCUGCGGGCAGAGGAUUUCUGGCCGGAUCAUCGGUGGGAAGGAGACCUCUGUGAACAAAUGGCCCUGGCAGGUCAGCGUGCAGUACGGGCCCAUCCACAUCUGCGGGGGCACCAUCAUCGACGCCCAGUGGGUGCUCACCGCUGCCCACUGCUUCUUCAUGAACAGCAUGAAGAUCCUGGACGACUGGAAGGUGUACGGAGGGGUGUCGGACCUGAAGCAGCCCAUGGAGGGCAUCCCCGUGUCCCAGGUCAUCAUCAACUCCAACUACAGCGACGACCACGACGACUACGACAUCGCCCUCAUGAAGCUCUCCAGGCCACUGACGCUCUCAGCCCAGGUGCGCCCCGCCUGCCUGCCCAUGCACGGCCAGCGCUUCCAGACCGGCCGGUCCUGCUUCAUCACCGGCUUCGGCAAGACCAGGGAGAACGAAGAUAACACGUCCCCGAAGCUGCGGGAGGCCGAGGUGAAGCUGAUCGACUACAAGAUCUGCAACAGCGACAAGGUGUACGAGGGCUACCUCACCCCCCGCAUGAUGUGCGCCGGCUACCUGCAGGGAGGCAAGGACGCCUGCCAGGGUGACAGCGGAGGGCCCCUGGUGUGCGAGGACGAUGGCCGCUGGUAUGUGGCCGGGGUGACGAGCUGGGGGACAGGAUGUGGCCAGAAGAACAAGCCCGGGGUGUACACACGUGUGACGAAGCUCCUCAGCUGGAUUUACAGCAAAAUGGAGAGCGAGAACGACUAAGGGCAGGAUGGACACUGUGCCACUCCGGCUGGCACAGCCACUGCCAGGACACGAUGCCACCAGCCAACCCCCACCUCCCUGGACUGUCCGUGCAGCCAGGGACCUGCGGCUGCCCCCGAGCUCUGGAACCAGCCCCUGCAAAGUGCCCUGGCCUGGCGCCAGGGGUGGCAUGGUGGUGGCUGGGCACAGCACCCAGCCAGGCCCGGGGGCACACAGCCCAUGCCAGCAGCUGGCCGUGCUGGCUGGGGACGCCUCCCUGCCCCGCGUGUGUGGCUCUCCUGUGAAUAGACCUGUCUGCACGGGCGGUGUGAGUGCUUCCUGGCACACUCGGCGGGCGAGGGGCUGCCAGCAGUGCCCGUGGAGAGGGAGCUCUCUCCUUUAGCCGGGCUGUGCCACCUUAGGGUGGAGGAUGUGGCAGCUGUGUCCACCCUGGCACACCCGCGGGCUCCGCUGGCGGCUCUGCUGCCAGGGGCAGCCCCGAGCUGUGGAUAUUCCUCCCGCCGGGAGCGGCGGCCGCUGCUCUCGUGUUUGCCGAGGGAUUUAGGAAGUGCCUUGCCCUGCCUGCCAGAGAA